AUGCCCCUUCCCGCUCAUCAGCAGCCCCCCUUCCCCGGCGGGCUGGCACCUGCUCUCGCCCCCUUCCCCCUGCUGGGGAUCCUGAUGCUUCUUCACCGUGCCUGGGCAUCGCCCGUCCAGAGUGGCGACUUCCAGGAGGUGGUGCCAGUCUGGACGGCAUCUCCUCCGGACGGAGAAGGGCGCGUUGCCUUCUCUGUGGCUGCCUUUGGGAAGGAGUUUGCGCUGCAGCUGGUCCCCGACGCCAGCUUCUUAGCGCCCGGCUUGAAGAUCCAGCACGUCGGGAGGAAAGACCCUGCCGGGACCCUUGCAGGGGAAGAGGAGGAGGAGGACGCGGGGACGGUGCGGAGGUGCUUCUACUCGGGGACGGUGAACUGGCAGCCGGACUCCCUGGUGGCCGUCAGCCUGUGCCAGGGCAUCCACGGCUCCUUCUUGGUCGACGGGGACAAGUACCUGAUGCAGCCCGGGCAAGGGAACCUCGGCGGAGACCCCCUGCUGCAGGUUCACCGGCUGCAGAAGCAGGGGUGGGGAGAGGACGCGCCAAAAGGAAAGGCCCGCGGGGAGCCCCGCGCCGCCAGCAGCAGAGCCAGGCGCUUCACGUCGGAGGCGCGCUAUGUGGAGACCCUGCUGGUAGCCGACGCCUCCAUGGUCCACUUCUAUGGCGACGAGCUAAAGAAUCACAUACUCACCCUGAUGUCGGUGGCCGCUCAGAUCUACAAGCACCCCAGCCUUAAGAACUCCAUCAGUUUGGUAGUGGUGAAGGUGCUGGUGGUGGAAGACAAGAGGGCUGGGCCGGAGGUGUCCGACAACGGGGGGCUCAUGCUACGGAACUUCUGCAACUGGCAGCAACACUUCAACCCUGCGAGUGACCGUCACCCGGAACAUUACGACACAGCAAUUCUGCUGACCAGACAGGACUUCUGCGGACACCAGAGCUGCAGUACCCUUGGAGUGGCUGAGACCGGCACCAUGUGCGAUCGAAACAAAAGCUGUUCGGUGAUCGAAGAUGAGGGCCUCCAGGCCGCCUACACCUUAGCCCAUGAACUAGGGCACGUCCUCAGCAUGCCCCACGAUGACUCCAAGACCUGUGAGAGGCUCUUUGGCCACUUGGGAAAGCAUCACAUGAUGGCCCCUCUCUUUAUCCAUUUGAACAAGACUUUUCCUUGGUCCCCUUGCAGUGCCAUGUACAUCACGGAAUUUCUGGAUGGAGGGCAUGGUGACUGUCUACUCGACGAACCUGCCAAACCCAUUGCCCUCCCCACAGACCUUCCUGGCCAGGUGCCCUUGUACGACCUGGAUCAUCAGUGCCAGCAGAUCUUUGGCAAGGAGUUUCGCCACUGCCCAAACACCACCCACGAGGACAUCUGCUCUCAGCUCUGGUGCAAGCUGGAGGCUGGGGAGCGCCUGUGCCACACCAAAAAUGGCAGCUUGCCCUGGGCAGAUGGGACACCCUGCGGAGCAGGCAAGAUGUGUUUGGAUGGCCACUGUGUGGCAGAAUACACAGGGGCGCGCCAGCCUGCGGUGGAUGGAAACUGGGGCUCAUGGAGCCCAUGGGGGCCGUGUUCCAGAACAUGUGAUGGAGGAGUCCAUUUCUCCUACAGAGACUGUGACAACCCCAUGCCUAGGAACAGAGGAAAGUACUGCGAGGGUCAAAGGAUCAAGUAUCAGUCAUGCCACACUGAGGAAUGCCCACCUAACGACAAGAGUUUUCGAGAGGAGCAAUGCGAAAAGUACAACAGCAACAGCACAGAGCCGAAUGGAAAUGGACAGGAGUGGGUCCCCAUGUACUCAGGGGUGUCUCCUCGUGAUCGCUGCAAACUGUUCUGCCGGGCUAAAAGGGGAAACGAAUUCAAAGUGUUUGAGACAAAAGUGAUAGAUGGGACACUCUGUGGACCUGAGACGCUCUCCGUUUGCGUACAUGGUCAGUGCAUCAAAGCUGGCUGUGACCACAUCAUUGGGUCACCCAAGAAGUUAGACAAGUGUGGAGUUUGCGGUGGCGACGGCUCAACUUGCAGGAAGAUAUCUGGCUCACUCAACAAAUCCAAGUUUGGGUAUAAUGACAUUGUCACAAUCCCCGCUGGAGCGACCAACAUUGACGUCAAGCAGCGCAGCCACCGCAAGGUGAGACAUGACGGCAACUAUUUAGCUUUAAAGACCCUGGAUGGCAAAUACCUCCUGAAUGGAGACUAUGCCAUUUCAGCGAUGGAGCAAGACAUUUUGGUGAAGGGGGUCAUUCUAAAGUACAGCGGCUCCCUGACCACCGUGGAACGUCUCCAGAGCUUCCGGCAGCUCCCGGAGCCACUUAUUAUCCAACUGUUGACAGUUUCCAGUGAAACGUACCCUCCCAAGGUGCUCCCUCCCAAAGUGAAGUACACCUUCUUUAUCCCCAAGGAUGUCCACUUCAGCAAGCAAAAGACCAAGGAGAAGAGCACGUCCAAUGUCAUUAAACCCAUGCUGACUUCGCAGUGGGUUCUGGGAGACUGGUCUGAGUGCUCUAAAUCCUGCAGUUCAGGCUGGCAGAGACGAACAGUGGAAUGCCUGGAUGUGGAAGGACAGGCCUCGUCGACCUGCGAUGAGGCCCUCAAACCAGAGGAUAUCAAGCCCUGCAACGAUCUCCCGUGCCCCCUCUGGCAACUGGGUUCUUGGUCCCCCUGUUCCCGAACAUGCAGAGAGGGCGUGCGGACACGGAACGCCCUAUGCACUGACUACACAGGGAAAGCCAUCACCCUGGAGAAGUGCGGGUCCCCGCGACCACCGUCAGUGACUACCGUCUGCACACUGCAGCAAGAGUGCUGAGGCCCAGCAUGGGCUAAGGCGUGAUCCGAGGCAUGUGUAAGAUAGGCUAACUACUAACCUAACCCGAACCGAGCUUGUUGUUGCCAAGCAAGGAUGUAGGUCAAAGGCAAAAGUACACUAAUAGACCUGAACAGGUCUUCAUUGGGUAGACCUGUUUGCAAGGGUAGCAGGCAUCAAAUAACAACUGCUCAUUUUCUGCUUUGUCGUCCUCCAAAUAGACAUCUACCUCAGUGCGGGGCGGGGGGAAAGCAUGGGAUUUUU